GUGCUAUAGGGAAAGGCGGUGUUGGAGCUCUAGAGCUUGUUGCCAUGGACAUGAAAGCAAGAGGGAUGUAUGUAUGCCGUACGCUGAGCUACAAAGGGGCAGAGUUUGAAACUGUUGAAGUACCAUUAGAUGCCAAAAUGAUGGAUAUGUAUAAUAAAGCAGCAGAAUUUUGGGCUGAGUUGAGAGUGGAAUUGCUAUCAGCAAGUGAAUUUCUCAUUGACAAGAAACCCAAUCCUCUUUGGAGAUUAUACUGGGCAAGCCAUCAGCGUUUCUUUAAACACAUGUGUAUGUCAGCUAAGGUGUCUGCAAUUGUAAGACUAGCUAAACAAGCAUUGAUGGAGAACAAGUGUGUGGUUAUUGGCAUACAGAGUACUGGAGAGGCACGAACUGAGGAAGCUGUGGCAAAAUAUGGUCUUGACCUUGAUGGCUUUAUUUCGGGACCUCGGGAGCUAUUGUUAAAAUUUGUUGAAGAAUAUUUUCCUUUGCCUGUAAAGCCUCAACCACCCCUAGAGGAAAGUGAAAGUAUAAAGAAGCUUCAUCGAAAAAGACACUCAGAAACACCUGAUGUUUCAGUUAAUGAGAGAGUUAGGAAAGUUGCAAAAUGCAAAGUAUCGAGUGAUGUUGAAAGUGACGAAGAAUCUGAAUCAGCUUCUGACGCUGUAUCUACUGAAUGGGAAGCUGAGAGUGAUGAUGAAACUGAGGAAGAAUCUGAAUCUGAUUUUGAAGCGGAAUCCUCUGAUGAGUUUCAGAUCCGUGACACUUACAAUCCGGAAGAGGUUGUCCAUCCUACAUGUUUAGUCCCACCUGUUAUAGAUUCAGUAUCUGGGGAUUUGUCGUGUCAUUCAGUCAACGGAGAAAAAGAUCUCCAAGCGAGAAAUGCCUCUUUUGCAGAACUAUUAAAGAGGUAUGAAGGUGCUGUGGAGCGUCAAUCAAAAAUUUUGGACGCAAUUCGUUCUUUGGAGCUUCCAAACAAUCCAUUGGAUGAUAUUAUUGAUCAGCUUGGAGGACCUGAUAAAGUUGCAGAAAUCACUGGGAGGCGAGGCAUGCUUGUUCGGACCUCUGAUGUGAAAGGUGUCACAUAUCAGUCACGCAGCACAAAGGAUGUACCCAUGGAAAUGGUCAAUAUGCAUGAGAAGCAGCUCUUCAUGGAUGGUAAGAAGCUGGUUGCAAUCAUUUCUGAAGCUGGAUCAGCUGGUGUUUCUUUGCAGGCAGACAGAAGGGCAGUAAAUCAGAAAAGAAGAGUUCAUUUAACACUAGAACUACCGUGGAGUGCUGACCGUGCAAUUCAACAAUUUGGAAGAACUCACCGGUCAAAUCAAGCUUCUGCACCUCAGUAUAGGCUAAUGUUUACAAAUCUUGGUGGUGAAUGCCGAUUUGCAUCCAUUGUUGCGAAAAGAUUAGAGUCUCUUGGAGCCUUAACGCAGGGAGACCGUCGGGCUGGACUAUCUCUGAGUGCUUAUAACUAUGAUAGUGCCUAUGGAAAGAAGGCCCUGAUGAUCAUGUACAGAGGAAUCAUGGAGCAGGAACCUCUGCCAGUUGUGCCACCAGGGUGUUCUUCUGAAAAACCAGAUGCAAUCCAAUGUUUUAUUGUAAAGGCGAAAGCUGCUCUUGUUUCUGUUGGAAUAAUCAGAGAGACAAAUCCAGGUAAUGGGAAGGACUCUGGAAUAUUUUCUGGCAAAAUAAAAGAUUCAGAUCUGAAUGAUGUUGGACGCUUCCUUAAUCGGCUCUUAGGGCUGCCACCUGAUAUUCAAAACGGGCUCUUUGAGUUAUUUGUCAGCAUCCUUGAUCUUGUCGUUGAGAAAGCACGCAUUGAUGGGUAUUUUGACUUGGGGAUUGUUGAUAUGAAAGCUAGCACUAUUGAAUUACAGGGAACUCCAAAGGCUGUUCAUGUUGACCGUAUGUCUGGGGCAUCCACUUUACUGUUUACCUUCAUCCUGGAUCGUGGAAUCCCAUGGAAGUCUGCAUCUGCAUUGCUGGAGGAGAAGCAAAAGGAUGGCUCUUAUUCAACUAAUAAUGGAUUUUAUGAAUCUAAGAAAGAAUGGAUGGGAAGGCGACACUUCCUUUUAGCAGUUGAAGGUACUGCUGCUGGAUUUUACAAGUUAUUCCGGCCUGCUAUUGGGGAGUCACUUAGGGAGAUGUCUUUAGUUGAACUGAAAAACAAGUACAGAAAGAUUUCAUCUUUAGAGAAGGCUUGUAGUGGUUGGGAAGAUGAGUACAAAGUUUCAUCCAAACAGUGUAUGCAUGGCCCUAAUUGCAAGGUUGGUAAAUUCUGUAUGAUUGGAAGAAGACUGCGGGAGGAAAAUGUGUUAGGCGGCCUUAUCCUUCCUGUUUGGGGAUCGAUUGAGAAGGCCAUCUCUAAGCAGGCCCGCCAAAGCCAUAAACAACUCCGUGUAGUGCGUAUUGAGACUACUACGGACAAUCAACGAAUUGUUGGCCUCCUUGUCCCAAAUGCAGCAGUUGCAUCCGUGCUUCAAGAUUUGGCAUGGGUUCAAGAUAUCGAUGAUUGAGAUGGAACAAGGGCGGGGGUGGAGGAUAUUUUUGGAUAUUUUUGGCUAUGGUUGAUGGCAUUGUAUGAAAUGCUGACGAUGUUUUCCGAGCUCUUGUCCAUAUGCUUUUUGCUUGACUAUUGUUCGAUCACAGUACAAUGUCGUCCAAAUGUAUAUCUCAAACACAAUAUUUUUGGCUAUGGUUGAUGGCAUUGUAUGAAAUGGAGACGAUGAUUUCCGAGCUCUUGUUCAUGUGCUUUUUGCUCGACUAGUAUUCUCGAACACAGUUUAAUGUCGUCCAAAAUGUAUAACUCAAACACAAUAUAUAUAUACAGUGUACAUGGUUUUCCAGGAUAUGUAAUAGCUGUUGCAAAUGCAAUAUAGUGCUUUUGGUUCAAA